AACAGAAGUUUAGAUUACGUUUUUGAUUCUUCGUUUCUUCAUGCUUGUUCUAUGAGCAUGAGCAGCGAGUAUCUUUCUAGAUUUUUCUCUUCCACUCAAAGUUGUUCUCGAGAACUUUCGCACUGAGAGUAAGAAAAAAUGAUAGCCUCAGCCCCGUGCUUGCCCUCAUCUGCACUUUCGCCAGGCUCCAUGGCUGGAGCUGAGGACUUCCUUGUGUUUUUUGCGGAGUUGGCAGAAAGUGCACCUGAGGAUGCGAACGCAAUUUUAGAAGCUCAAAAAAAGUUGGAGAAACAACGAAUACGCUCGCUAGACCGUUUAGCCCGAUUAACAGAUGCUCAAUGGCAACGAAUCGAUGUCGAAAUCGGUGUGGAGGGAUUGGUACAAUUAAGUAUCGAGCUGGUCCUGGUACUGAAUUAGUUGUUCUCUUUCUCUGUAGAGGUACCUCCUCGUAACAUCCACUAGAUGAUAAACCCUAGUAUACCGAAAGCGAAAUACGCUUCGGUUCUGAAUUUGCAUUUUACGUUAACCUUUAGCUUUACUCAGUCUUAAUCUAUACUCAUCUUGUUUUACCUUUACAUAUACUUCAGAUCCGUUCGACGCUUGAAGAGCUAUUGGCGUCAACAGCGUGUGCCAAGUCGCCUGCGUCCAGCAGAGGAGGUGGCGGUGGUGCGCGUCCGACUCUGUUACAGGAAAAUGGAGAUGCCUCGGAUGAGCAGUCCAGUGAGCUGAGGCACCGUGGCCGAAAGAUUUCAGCGGAAAAUAACCCUGAGGACGAUGUCCAAAACAAACGCGGGUCAGCUAGAAGGGCAUAUGGUAUGAUGUUGAACAGCGGUGAACAUGAGGCAAGGACGUUGACCGAUCACGCACCUUCUCGAAAAUACAACCAUGGAUCAAAUAAAAAAGACGAAGAGCUCAUUAACGUCGAAUAUAACGAUCAGGUUGAUGGUGAUGAAGACGAUGAUCCUGAUUUGGGUAGCACAGCUGAUGUCUCCGCUUCUACCUCUAGUGGUCCGACGCCAGAAAUCAAUCUGGAGCCACCUGAAAAUUUGGAGGAACUGUGGGAAAAUUUGUUGGUCGAGACCCUUCCACCAGAAAAACGCGAAACUUUGUGGCGACAGUGGGAUGAGACGCCAACAAGGGAGGACAAAUUCAUGAUGCUACUCGAGUACUAGACGAUACACUCUUGAACUGAUGCGGUAGAGUGUCGUGGUGGUUGGAUCUUGAUUACUUAGAAAGCGAUGGUGUCACUCUCGCUUCCGGGGUGCCACUGAUCGUGUUCUCGAUUUCUGUACUGCAAGUAAUCAGAGGAAUAAAUUUUUGCAACUACAUAUACAACAGGUACAAUAGCUAUCUGCGACGUCCAGAGAUAUCGGAGGAAGAGCGGGCCGAACGCAGACGACAGCUCGAGCCGCUGCUAGCGAAAUACGGCAUGCUGGACAAGGAUGAAGACUCGCUAUUAUCCGGGACCUUUUCAGGGGAAGGAAACUGGGCAUUGGGUCAGAAGAAUUAUCGAUAUGGGUUCAUUGAAUUUGAAAUUUUUAGAUCAGAUAUCGAGGGGCAGUGAGGUUUUCUUAAGUUGGUACUUGGUGCGAGACCGAGAACUAGUAGAAUUAGGAGAAGCAACACUCACUUUCACUGCCCAGAAGACGUAGAAGCCAUGUGCAUGUCGUUGAUGUCAUCGUCGUUACGCGACCCCAUCUUCAUAUUGCGUUUCCGUGGGUUGCGCUUGCAGUUUUUGCGACAUUUGCCUGUUCGGUUUAUUAUCUGCUCUUUCAUCUGGAUGACGGCAACUAUGCUUCCAAGAUAGAUCGGGGUCAGCCGCACUUGCUUUCAGACUUUUCCUUCGGCGGCGCGCUUCAUGAAGAGCAGCUUUAAUAUCUGCUCGGCUCGCGAAUCUUGUGCGGAUAUUUUGUCGGGAGAUGAAGCCGGUCGUUCUCGUUUCGCCCGGCGCGCAUGAGGUGUGGAAAUGGAUGCAGACUUCUUUUGCCCGAUUUGUCUAAGGGGACGAUGCAGAACUGCGUUGAAAAGCCACUGACUUCGGAAAGCAUACAUCAAUAUACGGAUCAAAUACAGCCUAUAAUUGAAAAUAGUAGGUGGAAGAUGAAGAGCUUGACCACGUCGCCAAUGACGUUUAAGAUUCCACAUCGAAUAGAAUGAUUGUAAUCCGUAAUCGCUCACAUGAUGUCCUUGUUAGACAUUGAGAGUAAUUGCCUCACAGUAUUGAGGACCUGGCGGUUGUAUUUUUUUGCAACGAAAUCAUACGUCGCCAUUUUAGUGGUAGGAUGUGAUUGGUAUGACACUUGCAAUUUCUAUUUCGUUUUCUUUAUUUGCAAUUGCAUCAAAAUAACUGUGGCUUGUGUCUGCAGUUGUACUAAUGACUAUUUAUCACGUUGAGCAGUUGCAGUUUGUGCGCGACUCGAAGUCUCAUCGUGCAAAUCCGAUCAAUAACGCGGAGGAGACCGAUUUGUUGUGAACAUCAGAGUCCGGAGGAUACUCUGGUGAACAAUUGUAGUAAAAAUAUGGGUCAGCCGUCGUGUUCCAAGCAAG